CUUAAGGGAAAAAAGUAAAACAAGAUAGUAUAUAGGCUAAAGGGUCACAUGGGUACAUGAACUAACUUAAAGUGUUUAAUUAGCCCCUUAUAUAAGAGGUUCUGCCCGGCCGUCGCCAAUUGGGGCGGUGGAAUAUUUUGAUGAAAUUUUUUUCGCAUCUUCUUCAUUAAGUCUAAUUUACCCAUAUCAAAUUUCAGCUAAAAAUUAAAUCGGGAAGGCAGUCAAAUGAUUUUCCGAAAUGUACUGCGCAGUUAUAUUCAAAAAAUCAUUUGACUGUCUUCCAGGUUGAAAAAGAUCUACUACUCCUACAAAACAAAAACGAAAGAGGGAGAGUUGUCCACAUCCAAACAUGGCCGCCCACAUCCCCCGAAACGACAUCGCAAGAGCUGCCGCGGUUGCAGUGAUGGUUCCUUUGCCGGGACAAGGCCAUCUCAACCAGUUCCUCCACCUCUCCCGCCUGCUCACUUCCCACGAUAUACCCGUCUAUUACACCGGCGCCGCCACCCACAUCCGCCAGGCCAAACUCAGAGUCCAGGGCUGGGAUCCUAGCUCUGUCCCCAAACUCCAAUUCCAUGAAUUCCCCACACCUUCUCUCGAAUCCCCAUCCCCUGAUCCCAAAACUAGAUUCCCUUCCCAGAUCCUCCCGGCCUUCACCGCCGCCUUACUCCUCCGCGAGCCCCUCCGCGAGUUCCUAUCGGAUCUCUCCAAGAAAACCCGGAGGGUAGUCGUGAUUUACGAUUCUAUGAUGGCUUGGAAUGUUCAAGACGUUCCCAGUAUACCCAACGCCGAAUCUUACGCCUUCGAGGCCAUCUCGGCUCUCUCGAUUUACUUCUUCCACUGGGAAAGGAUGCAGAGGCCUCCCCUGCCCCCGGAAGCUCAGGUGAUAGAAGAAACCCCAGAUUUUGAAAGCUGCGUGACUCCACAGGUGUUGGAAUUUGUCAAGAUUCAGACAGAUGCCUUGAAAUUCAACUCCGGGACGGUGUUCAACACCUGCCUGGUGAUCGAAGGAGCUUUCCUCGACUUGCUGGCGAAAGACAAGUCAGCUGGAACCGGGCAGAUAUGGGCUAUCGGGCCUUUCAACCCGAUAACCCUGCCCUCAGAUGAACAUCCCGGUAGCAAUCGGAACCGGUGUCUGGCCUGGCUCGAUAAACAGGAGAAGAAUUCGGUGAUUUAUAUUGCGUUUGGAUCUUCCACAACUUUUCCGGCCGACCAAAUCCAUCAGAUCGCGAUGGGGUUGGUGCAGAGCAAGCAGAAAUUCAUAUGGGUAGUUAGAGAGGCGGAUAGAGUAGACGUUCCCGCCGGAGAUGAAAGCAGCGCCGACCUGCCGGAAGGGUUCGAAGAGGGAAUCGGAGGGAUGGGAAUGGUGGUUCGAGAUUGGGCGCCGCAACUGGAAAUUCUCGCCCACCCUUCAACGGGCGGAUUCAUGAGUCAUUGCGGAUGGAAUUCGUGUAUGGAAGGGAUUUCAAUGGGCGUUCCCUUUGCGGCGUGGCCGAUGCACUCGGAGCAGCCGUGGAACGCCGCGCUGAUCACGAAGUUACUGAAAACCGGCGUACUAGUGCACGACGGUUCCUGUCAAGAAGUGGUUGAUUCGGUGAAAAUCGCAGAAGCUGUUGAGAGAUUAAUGAGGUCCUCAGAAGGAGAUGUGAUGAGGAGAAGAGCGGAAGAAAUCGGCGGCGCCAUCAAGCAGGCGGUGAUGGAAGGAGGCGACAUUUGCAAGGAGAUAGAAUCUUUCGUUGCACACAUCACCAGAGAGUAGCUGUUUGUUCUGUAACAUAUUUGUGUCCUUUGAGCUACGCUCUUUGAAAAUUAUUAAGCAUUUUUAAUCAUAUUUCAAUGGGGUUUGAAUGUUGAAACUUGAAAUACAGUUUCCAUAUCAAGUGAUGUGCUUUUUCAAUUUUGUGUUGUUUGUGAUUUAUGUAGAAUAAUACGAUCAAAUGUAAAAUAAUGUGUGCCUAUUUGAUAAUAUCAAAAUUGGCUGAAUUAUUUGAAUUUGUUUAAAUUUAUGAAAUUCCCACUGUAUUGAUUAAAUUUAUUGAAUCUGUGAAAUUAUGGGGAUAUAAUAUGUGGG